ACCUCUUUCAUCUAGAAGCUCACCGGUUAGAGAAAGGAAGGGGCAGAUGUCCAUAUGCACCAAGUUCCUCCUUCAUGUCCACUUUAUAUGGAAACGAACUAUUUACUGGACUCUACAGUGACUACUGGGGGAGAGACGCCGCCAUCUUCCGCAUGAUGGGCCGCAUGGCUCACAUCCGGACUGAGCCUGAUGAUGAUCGGCUGCUGAAAGAACCUAAAUUUGUUAGUUCCCAUGUGAUUCCUGACAACGAAGACCGGGAGGACAACAAGGUGUAUUUCUUCUUCACCGAGAAAGCUUUAGAGGCAGAAACGGGCGCUCAAGCUCUCUAUGCCAGAGUGGGCCGGGUCUGUGUGAAUGACAUGGGAGGACAAAGGAUGCUGGUGAAUAAGUGGACCACUUUCCUCAAGGCCAGACUGGCAUGUUCUGUACCAGGGAUGAAUGGCAUUGACACGCAUUUUGACGAAUUGGAGGACAUAUUUUUGCUCCAGACUCGGGAUAACAAAAACCCGGUGAUAUUUGGACUCUUCAACACUACAAGCAAUAUAUUCCACGGGUAUGCGGUCUGUGUCUAUCACAUGGCGAGUAUCCGGGCGGCUUUCAAUGGACCCUAUGCUCACAGAGAAGGACCUGAAUACCAUUGGUCUGUGUACGAAGGCAAAGUGCCUUACCCAAGGCCUGGAUCGUGUGCCAGCAAAGUGAACGGGGGUCUGCACGGGAGCACCAAGGACUAUCCGGAUGAGGCCAUCCGCUUUGCUCGAACUCACCCGCUGAUGUAUCAAACUGUCCAGCCAGUGCACAAAAGGCCAAUUCUUGUGAAGACAGAUGGAAAGUACAGACUCAAACAAAUAGCUGUAGACAGAGUAGACGCAGAAGAUGGCCAAUACGAUGUCUUGUUUAUCGGAACAGAUAAUGGAAUUGUCUUGAAAGUUAUCACAAUUUACAACCAAGAUACAGAAUCUAUGGAGGAAGUGAUUCUUGAAGAGCUGCAAGUGUUCAAAGUGCCAACUCCUAUUAUUUUUAUGGAAAUUUCUUCCAAAAGACAACAAAUUUACGUUGGGUCUGAGUCUGCCAUCGCACAGGUGAAGUUCCACCAGUGUGACAUGUAUGGGUCAGCCUGCACUGAUUGCUGCCUGGCGAGGGAUCCCUACUGUGCCUGGGAUGGGCUCUCCUGUUCCAGAUAUUAUCCAACAGGAACACAGACAAAAAGACGCUUCCGUAGACAAGAUAUCCGUCAUGGAAAUGCAGCUCAGCAGUGCUUCGGCCAGCCAUUGCUAGGAGAUGCCUUGGGCAAGACAGAGGAGCGGCUGGCGUACGGCAUAGAGCACAACAGCACUCUCCUGGAGUGUAUCCCCAGGACCUUGCAAGCCAAAGUGAUCUGGUUUGUGCAGAGAGCUCACGAAGCCCGGAAAGAAGAGGUAAAGGCUGAUGAGAGGAUUCUUAAAAUGGACAUUGGCCUGUUGUUUUUAAGACUGCACCGAAUGGAUGCUGGAACGUAUUUUUGCCAGACAGUGGAACACAGCAUCGUUCACACAGUGAAAAAAAUCACCCUGGAAGUCGUGGAAGAGGAACGCGUAGACUACAUGUUCAACAGGGACUACGAAGAGGAUCUAGCUCAGAAAAUGCCCUGCCCUGCACAGAGCGGCAUCUCCCAUGGAUCAAGGCCGUGGUACAAGGAGUUCCUGCAACUGAUAGGCUACAGCAAUUUUCAAAGAGUGGAGGAAUAUUGUGAAAAAGUGUGGUGCACAGAUAAGAAGAGGAAAAAGCUGAAAAUGACUCCAUCUAAGUGGAAGUACGCCAAUCCACAAGAAAAAAAGGCACGUAUCAAAUCAGAGCAUUACCGAGUUCCCAGGCACACCCAAGCUGGCUCCUGAUGGGGGAGAACCCAAUAUAUCAUGCAGCCCCCUCCCACCACCCAAAAUAAAUCCAUUCAGGAGACCUUUGUGGUGUUUGGACCCAACAAAAGGGGACGUUGAGACUGGAAAUAAGCUAAAAUGCUUUUAGUAAGUUAUAUACUUGAUGUCUAUUUAGAUGCAUUUUUUAAAAAAAAGAAACCUACUUAAUUGUUGAAUUUUAACUGUAUCAUUAUGAAUCCAGCUUCAAUUGAAAGACAAUCUGACAAUCUUCAUAUUCAGCAUUUAGUCCAAUUAAUCAUGGACAGGCUUGCACUGUAUAUUUUACUGUAUUUGGGGGUAUUUAAGUGAGUUCAGAAUGCUGAUGUUUUGAAAAGCAAAGCAACCAGUAAAUUGUAUCGUUUGUUUGUUUGUUUUAUUUCAAACAUAGCUAAAAUUGAUUUUCACAUAGCCUAUCCCAUAGCCUCUUUCUAAAUUCUAGGAAAUUUUCCAGUUUUCACUUAGGAAAAAAAGCAUGUUUCUAAUUCUUGCUUGGUUUGCAUAUAUGAAGGCAUAGGAGAAUUGGGGAGUGGAGAAAAAGGUGAUCAUAAAUUAAGGUGACCAACUUUUUUGCAAUGAAAAGGAGGACACAAAUAAAUUGAAGAAAAAAAUAUCGUAAAUAAAAGAAACAUUUUAUUCAUUGCAACAAUAAUACAGACAACUUGCA